CUCCCCCCAGGAGGAGGUGCAGCUGGUGUACCAGAAGCAGGCGUCGGUGCAGGAGAUGUUCGAGAGGAGGAGGGUCAGCCUGAAGAAGCUGGCGGCCAGACAGCCCCGCCCCGUGCAGCCGGUGGCCCCCCGACCGGAGGUCAAGUCCCCGCUGACCUCCCCCGAUCUACGGCGCAAGGAGACGAGGCAUUCAGAGGAGAACGCGCUGCUGACCGGACUGCAGAAGACUAGCUCCCCGCUGCCUAGAGGUACCAGACACAACUCGCUGUCGGAGGAGGAGGAGAACCUGGCCGUCAGACGAAGCCACGUGAUGAACGAGCUCCUGGAGACGGAGCGUGCCUACGUGGAGGAGCUGCUGUGUGUGCUGGAGGGCUACGCGGCGGAGAUGGAGAACCCGGCCAUGGCCCACCUCCUGCCCAGGGGCCUGCUUCACAAGAAGGACGUCCUCUUCGGGAACAUGCCCCAGAUCUACAGCUUCCACAAAGGAACGUUUCUCAAGGAGUUGGAGGCCUACAUGGACUGCCCUGAGAUGGUUGGACGCUGUUUUCUUGAGCGGAUGGGAGAGCUGAGGAUCUACGAGGCAUACUGUCAGAACAAGCCUCGCUCAGAGAGCCUCUGGAGACAGUGGUCCGACUGCGCCUUCUUCCAGGCGUGCCAGCGGCGGUUGGAGCACAAGCUGGGUCUGGACUCCUACCUGCUGAAACCGGUUCAGAGGAUCACCAAGUACCAGCUGCUGCUCAAGGAGCUGCUGAAGGUGAGCCGGGGGUCCGCUGGAGCUGAGGACCUACAGGAGGCCCUCAGCUCCAUCCUGGGCAUUCUGAAGGACGUCAACGACUCCAUGCACCUCAUCGCCAUCACCGGGUAUGAGGGUAACCUCUCUGAGCUGGGCCGGCUCCUGAUGCAGGGCUCCUUCAGCGUCUGGACGGAGCACAAGAAGGGCCACGCCAAGGUCAAGGACCUGGCCCGCUUCAAGCCCAUGCAGCGCCACCUCUUCCUCCACCCGCGGGCCCUGCUCUUCUGCAAGAGGCGGGAGGAGGCCGGAGAGGGCUACGACAAGGCCCCGUCCUACAGCUUCAAGCAUGCCCUGGAUAUGAGCGUGGUGGGGAUCACGGAGAACGCCAAAGGAGACCACAAGAAGUUUGAGAUCUGGUGCAACUCCAGAGAGGAGGUCUUCAUCGUCCAGGUCAGCGUCCCUGAGCUCCUGAGGCUGGGCCGUGUGUCUGACAGCUGGAGCUAA